UGAAGAGGCGAAGGCUCUGCAGCAGGGGCUGAGGCCGGGCGGGCGCUAGGACCCGGCGGCGCUGGGCGGAGGAGGCCGCGUCCUCCCGGCUGUCAGCGGCGCUGCCUCCGCAGCCUUCAUCCCCCUCCUCCUCCUCCUCCUCCUCCUCCUCGCCCUCCAUGGUCACCCGCUGCCUCCCUCCCGGGCCGGCAGCCGGAGCCAGGAGGCCUCGCUGAGGGGCGGCUCGAUGGCGUCGCCGCGCACCAUCACCAUCGUCGCCCUCUCGGUGGCCCUGGGGCUCUUCUUCGUCUUCAUGGGGACCAUCAAGCUCACCCCGCGCCUCAGCAGGGACGCCUACAACGAGAUGAAACGAGCCUACAAAAGCUACGUGCGGGCCCUUCCCAUGCUGAAGAAGAUGGGAGUCAGCUCCAUCCUUCUCCGCAAGAGCAUUGGUGCCCUGGAAGUGGCGUGUGGCAUUGUCAUGACACUGGUGCCUGGUCGCCCCAAAGACGUGGCCAACUUUCUGCUGCUCCUGCUCGUGCUGGCUGUGCUCUUCUUCCACCAGCUAGUGGGGGAUCCACUCAAGCGUUACGCCCACGCCCUGGUCUUUGGGAUCCUGCUCACCUGUCGCCUGCUGAUUGCCCGCCAGCCUGAGGAGCAGCCCCCAGAAAAGAGGAUCCUGUCGGUAAAUGGGGAUGAGCAGCCACUCAUCCAUGAGGCGGCUCCUGAGAAAGGCAAAGUGAAGGUAUCCUAGUUAGGUGCGUUUGAGGAAUACGGACCCUCGAGGCAGCUCUCUCCAAAAGCACCCAGAAAAUUUGGUGUUUUAUUUUGUCGUUUUGUUUUUAUUUAACUAUUUAUAUUUUUUUGGCUGUCUAAAUAAAGUUUCAUGUGGGGUCUGAGAGACAUGUGGUACGUCUACACUGUAGUCUUGCUUUUGCUGCUUCCCUGUAACAUAGGAAAACACGAGCUAGCUUUAAACAGGACAGUUUGGAGGCAGAUAGCACCUGGCUGGAAUUAGCACUGGUCUCCUCACAGGAGCUGCAAAACCAGAGUGUGGGCAAAGACUCGGGCAGUUUGUCAUGUUAGCUCGGCACUCUUGCAGCAGGGGGAUUAGUCCCUGAGCACAAGACCCACAUCCGAAAGGCAGUUUCACCCCAGCUGGAUGCAUUUCUGCUGCGUUGCAGCCUCUGCAACAGCUGCUGGGUAGAAAAGAACAUCACCAGAGUGACCUUGUGCAGCCCACCUCCUAGAGUUUUGGUUUUUUUUUUGCAUAGUCAGGUGAAGAAAGGACCCUACUGAGCAUAAUACUACUUGUAUUUGAGGGAGGGUCCCUUAGCUGUUGCUGCCUCUGUGACCGGUCUGUUUGGUGGACUGGUUAUGCAGGGAAAACUGUGAUACACUACUUGCAUCUUCCUGGGUUACAAGUUUUGCAGAGGCUUUAAAACUGGGAUAAUGGCCUGCUAAUGCAAUUUUUUUUCCCAUUUUGAAGCAAUGGUAUCUCUACCCCUCAGCAGAGAGUAAGGAUCCCUGCUGAGGGGAUGGGAAGCAAAACUGCCUGAAGAAUUGUGUUUAGUCUGGUAAUGAACCCCCAUAUUUCGAAAUAGUUGUCUGCUGCUGGCAAAAAGCAUCACACUACCUCUUUUCUUUCAAGAAAAAAAAAUCCUUUUUCACAACUGCUGCAAAUUCAUGGAAUCACUGGUUAUUGCUAAUGAUGAAGGUUUGAACCUGCCCAGGUACCUCAUGGUGCAUCUCACAUACAGCUUCAGUGAGCUGGGGGAAGUCCUCUCACAAGAGCCUGAAUCCCUGUGUUAUAUCUGAAAUCUUAUGGAGUGUCAUGAGAAGUGUGUUUUACCUCUGAGUUUUGUUUGUUUUUCUUGAUGUUUGUCUGUUUUGAGUUUUUCCUUAUUUUCUUAAUUAUUCAUGAAAAUAAACUUUUUGAAAUUUGGAGAAAAA